AGGAACAAGAUGGCGCUGUAUGCGUCUGUCACGGGUAUUCGAUGGGACUUCAGCGAAGCGAAGAUUGCCGGAGCAGAUAUCCAUGUACCUGCGAAACAACACAUUGCCAGAUUUGAAAUCAGCCCUGCGUCGGAUUUCACGGUAGCGAACGCCUUGUGGGACAAAAUUGAUGAGGCAUUUAGUGGCGCCAACGACGACUUGUAA